AUGAUGACGACUGGCCGUGUGCUGCUGGUGUGUGCCCUCUGCGUGCUGUGGUGCGGUGUCUGCGGUGGUGAACCAGCUGAAACAUCUCGAGGUUCUUCGGGUAAUGCGUCCGGUAAGAUGAACAGUACUAAAAAUGACGACGAUUCCAAAGAUGCCGCUGGAGAAGGUGACAAAAGCGGUGAACAUGCAGCGUCUCAAGAAACACCAGCACUACCGGCGCCAGAAUUGCCGGGAACGCCACAAGCAGCAGCAUCAAAGGCGUCAGGAUCACCGGGAACGGAAGAGAAAGCGAGCCCGUCACCGGCAAAACAAUCUGAAGGAGGAGAAGCAUCAGAAACGGUAAGUACAACGACGGACAACAAUAAUAAAAAUACAGAAAAUAAAGAGAAGGAAGAAAAGGAAGAGGAAGAGGAAGAGGAAGAACACGGAGAGAAUGGUGCGAAAGGAAAGGAGGAGACAGAGAAAGAAGAAGCUGUUGCCAGCACCACAGAGGUGACCUCAGCAGGCGGUCAAGAGCAGCGAAGUUUAUCUUCUGGUGCGGCGGGAGCAUCAAAUAUAACAAAUCCCAACAGCACACCAACAACUGGAGACGAUGACCCAGCAGCUGAUGGUGCAGGGACGGCAGAGGGAAAACAAAAUGAAAAUAAAGAUGCCAAUCCGAAGGAAACACCAGUGACGGCCACAGCCAUGAAAACUACGACGGCGACGACUGGCGACAGUGAUGGCAGCACCGCGGUCUCCCACACCACCUCCCCUCUUUUGCUUCUUCUUGUUUUUGCUUGUGCGGCUGCUGCUGCGGUGGUGGCCGCGUGA